GCCUUGUCCCCGAGGAUGACGGACGCAUCUCCUGCACUGCUCCUCCUGCUCAGCCUGGGGCUCUGCUGCCCUGGAGCCCAGAGCCAGAAGUAUGUGACAGUGCCCAAGUUCUACGACAGCAAGAUCACGCACCCCCAGAGGGGAAAGCCGCUGAAGCUGGAGUGCACGAGUUCUGCAGACAGCGGUGUCUCCUGGAUCCGCCAGGACAAGGCUGGGACCCUUCACUUCAUCGUCUACAUUUCCACCUUGUCCAAGGCAACCUUUGAGGGGAGCCAGAAAACGUCUUCACGCUUUCAGGUGUCGAAGAGCGGCACGUCCUAUCAGCUGCAGGUGAAUUCCUUCGAGGCACGGGACGAGGGGAUCUAUUUCUGCACCAUCAACUUCAACCAAGCACUGUACUUCAGCUCUGGCCUACGCGUCUUCUUCCCAGUCACGACGACAGCGGCGCCCGUCACAACCGUGUCCACCACCCAGAGCACCCAGGUCACCAAGAGGAACGUCUGCCUGCAGAGCCACGGGGCAGAGACAAGCAAGGAGAAAGAGCUGAAUUUCUUCUGUGAGAUUUUCAUCUGGGUUCCUUUGGCUGCUGCCUGCAUCCUGCUUCUCAUUGCCCUGGUCAUCACCAUCGUGCUGUGCCAAAAAACCAGGCGACGCAGAUGCAGGUGUAAGAGACCUGCGAACGGGAAGCCCAAAAUGAAACCCAACAUGCCAAACCACCAGAUAUGAGCAUCUGCACCUCUUGGCUUCUGGAUCCCCUUCUGGGAGCUAUCGCUGCAAAUGCCCAUCACCUACAUGAUCCGUAUGGCUACUACUUCUCAUGCACUCUAUCCUGAGAAAUUCGAAAAGACAAGUGUCCAGAUGGAGCAGAGACACGCGGAAGGCAAGCAGGCGCUUCCUCUGCGAACUGCAUGCCAAAGCACAGCUCCUUCCGCAACCUGAGGUUUUCAAAUUGAUUCCCAAGGCCAAAUGUCACCUUUAGUCCCAAUGACAGAGCUCUGGCUCAGGCAGAAGAAACAGGUCAAUCCUGAUGCCAACAUACGUCGCUGAUAAACUGAUGAGGAAUAAGGAUAUCGCCUGGACCUCUGCUCAAGGGUGUGCAAUGAUUCUUUCUAAAACGCAACAAAAAGCUGAAUUUGCUCCCGAAUGAUUUACAAAGAAAACAAUCUCACUUAAUAUACCCACUUUUUGUGGCGCUAUGCAUCUCCUAGAAUCUCCAUCUAAUACAACACAAGGUCACACUGAGAAAGUAAAUAUGAAUUCAAGGGCUUUACUCUUUAGGGUUUUACAGUCCUGUAAGCUAAAGCUUACUGUUUCCCUCUUGCUAUCCUUGUUCUGCUGCUAGCCCCACUUCCACAGAUUUCAGCAGUUUUGCCUGAGCACGGAAUGGGAGGUUUUCUUUCUUUCUGGAAUAAAUGGUUGAGUAGUUAAAAAACAAAAGAAAAAGUCUUUGUUACUUGUUUUGGUUAAGCAGGAUUUUUAGCAUACCAACUUGGGACACAUUGGCUGAUCUAAAUGAGAGUUCUGGGUUUUUCUAGCUGUAUACUUGAUGUAAAUAUUUCCUUGUGACACUGGCAAAUCAACAACUGAGAUAAAAAAUAAAACAGUAUUUCUAGUCAGACUUACUAAUGCUUCUUUCUUUCUUUCUUCACUUUCUAGCUUCAGAAAAGCUAAAAAUCUAUGUGAAAAUACAAACGAAAGUUUGAGGCAGUCACGGGUAAGGGAAAAGGCAGUGACUUACACACCAGCCUGGGCUUUAGGAUGCCAGAGUUUAGCUUCCAGUUUACCACAGCCUCGAAACAAUCUCUCUAAAAUUAUUUUCCCUGGGACUUGCAGGAUGGGCCCAGUAACACUCCCCCGUGCUAUGAAGGUGGAUGAGAUAAAGGCUCUGCAGGUGCUUUGGUAUCCUUGCCAAGGGACUGAUAAAAGCCUGGA